UGCUGACCUGCUGCCUCUGCCGGCCAUGGCAUAGCUAGCUCACCAACCAAACCAACCCACAGCACAACAUCAAACGGCAGCAGGUGAGCGGCUCAUCGAGGGUCGAGGAGAUGAGCACGUCGAGGUUCAUCAAGUGCGUGACGGUGGGCGACGGCGCCGUCGGCAAGACCUGCAUGCUCAUCUCCUACACCAGCAACACUUUCCCCACGGACUACGUGCCCACGGUGUUCGACAACUUCAGCGCCAACGUUGUCGUCGACGGCAACACCGUCAACCUCGGCCUCUGGGAUACCGCUGGACAGGAGGACUACAACAGGCUGAGGCCUCUCAGCUACAGAGGGGCAGAUGUCUUCCUCUUGGCAUUUUCCCUCAUCAGCAAAGCAAGCUAUGAGAAUAUUCACAAGAAGUGGAUACCAGAGCUGAGGCAUUAUGCUCCCAAUGUGCCUAUCGUCCUAGUUGGAACAAAGCUUGCAGACUUGCGUGAGGACAAGCAAUUUUUCCUCGAACACCCCGGUUUAGCACCUAUCUCCACUGCACAGGGGGAGGAGCUGAAGAAGAUGAUAGGUGCCGCGGCGUACAUAGAAUGCAGCUCCAAGACGCAACAGAAUGUCAAGUCCGUGUUUGACUCCGCGAUAAAAGUGGUGCUCUGCCCGCCGAAGGUGAAGAGGAGGAACAGCACCAGGAAGCAGAGGAGUUGUUGGAUCCUAUGACCAUCGAGUGGACAACUGAAAGCGUUUUUCUUUAUAUAUUGUCGUGGCUGUGUUGCAGCUGUUAGAUGCCGUUUGGGUAAAUUUGAUGUGUUGUGACGAGCAAUCCAACUAUGUAUUACGAGGAGCAUCUUAGUGCUUCCUAUGUAUGUAUUGUGACGAGCAUUACGAGGUGUAGUAGUAUCCUUGGUUGGUUCAGACCUCAGACUGCAAUGACUUGGCCUGUUUCUGUUGCCACUUUCUGUUGGCUCUUUCCACCGUGUUGCGUUCUGUCGUGAUCACUGUUUAAGUAAAAGAAAGAAAACCGGCUGUGACUUGUA